GGUGCUCCCUCAACCAUGAGCAAAAAAGAAAAAAAAGAAGCGAAUGCGACCAAUCGCAGCUCCUCCUCCAUAUUUGCUGGGGAGAAGGACGCCUUGCUUCUUCCUCUAGACGCAAGUAGAGAGAAAAAAGAAAUUAUUCAACUGUGUAGAGUUUAUGGGAUGGAGCCUAAUACCAUCGUAGCUCCUUUCGUCAUGAAGACAUAUCAGAUUGUCAAUGAUCCAGCCACUGACACACUUAUCACCUGGGGCAAAGCCAACAACAGCUUCAUCGUCAUCGACCCUUUAGAUUUCUCCCAGAGAAUCUUGCCUGUUUACUUCAAACACAACAACUUCUCUAGCUUCGUUCGCCAGCUAAACACUUAUGGUUUUAGAAAAGUUGAUCCAGAUAGAUGGGAAUUCGCAAACGAGUGGUUUCUUCGUGGGCAAAAACAGUUGUUGAAGAAUAUAGUUCGUAGAAAGCAUAGCAAGGGCUCGUGUAUGCAAUCUAAAAUCGAGGAUUUUGACAAUGAAGAGCUAGUUAUGGAGAUAGCGAGGUUAAAGCAAGAACAGAGAGUUCUGGAGAAAGAGCUUGAGGGUAUGAACAAACGGUUGGAGGCCACUGAGAGACGCCCUCAACAAAUGAUGUCUUUUCUUUACAAAGUCGUCCAGGACCCUGAUCUUCUCCCUCGCAUGAUACUUCAGAAAGAAAGAACUAGACAGUUAAAUGACAAGAAGCGGCGGUUAAUGAUUUCUCCUUCGUCUUCGUCCUCUGGUGGGGCGGCCGUUUCCAGUUCAGUGAAGUCGGAAGAAGAAGACGGUGGAAACGUAGGGGUAAUAUCGUCUCCAGAAACAGGGUUUUGCCAAUCUUCUCCUUCACCGGAGACAAAUAUCAUAAGGUGGUUGGGAGAAGGGAACUAUGGUUGUGAGUCGGCGCCUAAUCCAUUAACGUCGAUUGCGAUGGGUGAAGGGAUUGGGAAUACUGUAACGGUGGCAAUGUCUCAGCCAGAAAAUAGCUCGAUAGGUUGUGGCGGUGACAAGGUUGGGCAAAUAAGCUAUUUUGGAGAACUGGCGGCGGGCGUGGAGGCUAGACCACCACCGCCUUAUCCAUUUUCGCUUUUAGGUGGUGGCUUUUAGCUUUUUGUAUUCACAAGAUUUAUCUUGGAUUCUAUCUUUGUAUUAAUUUUUGCUUUUUGGGUUAUAUUGCUUUAUUUUUCUUCUUUCUCCUAAUAAUUAUUGUAUAAACAAGUGAUUCAAUAACGUUGUUAAUUAUACAGUUUA